AGCAUCGGUGCCGGAAGCUUCGCUACUGUCUACUCUGUACGAGGAAUACCGUUUGUCUUCAAAGUUAUACACUUCCCGGACCGCACAGAUGAACUUCGUGCUGAGGCCAGUGCUCUCCAUACACUAUAUACACUCUGCAAUUCCGAUUCCAUGUUCGCCAUCCCGCGCGCCGUCGCCUAUUACGACCCAACGACGGACGAACUCAUACAAUUCCCGACUUCGCAUGCCCUGGGAAGUCAGAACGUCGAACCACCUCGCAUGUGUCGCCUCUAUCUCGGAAAGAUUCUUCGUCCCUCUCAAUCCAUCGGCUCGAUGAUCAAUUUCCCUAUUGACAUCGCCCGGUAUACUACCUUGCUCCGUGUCUUCGAGGGCGGUGAGUUGAUUGGUCUAGAUCAAGUAGCGGGAGGUAUGGGCGAGAUGCUCGGACGAAUCCAUUGGGUUGCUGGAUAUGAUGGCCGGGACAUCGAGUUUGUCAUGGCAGGGUCAGGGUUGGGGGUGCGCUACUACGUGAUUGAUUUCAAUCAAAUGCGGCGGUUCGACCGGGAGGAAUGGCAGUCGAACGUAGAAGGCCUCAUUGACGCAUUCUUCUCCAACGACCCAUACUAUCCACGCCCUGUUACUCGCGACCCCCUGUACCAGGCCUUCCGCACGGCCUACCUAGCCGCCUGCCCUCAAGAAUACGAGGACGGGGCUAAAGCCUUUCUGGAUGGGAUCGAAGCAGAGCAAUUGAAGAGGCCGUCGGUAUAA